GAAAAUGUCGUUUUUUUUCAGAGCUGCAGACCCAACUCCGACGCUGUACCUGACUAUGCUUUCGUGAGACCUAACCCAUGCAAACGCGCCUUGAGGUCAUCAACGCUGAGUUCCUUGAAAUCCUUAGGCACGGCGCGGAACGCUAGCCGUCGCAACAUCCGCAUCCACUGCGGAGAUAUACGACAUACGACUGUGGCGUACUGCGCCACACGCUAACUCCAUCUGACUUUGAUAUCGAUUUAGAUCAUCGACUUCAUGACCAUCGCCGUUCACGAGUAACUCACCAAGCCACACCAACAAGCGAUCGGUGGAAUUUACUGUUUAGAAUUACAUAACCCCCUUCAUCAACUGCGAGAUAGCAGCGAACGAUCGAUCAUGCCUUCCGCAAGAACAUACAUCAAAGCCAUCACAGGAGGCGCAGUCCUCUGCAUAGGCGGCCCGGCACUUGUCAUGUGGGUGACGCCAACAGAAGAGGAGAUAUUCAAGAGAUACAGUCCAGAUCUUCAGAAGAAGGCCCUUGCACGCAGAGAGCAAACACAGCAGGAUUUCGAUAACUUUACGCGUCAGCUAAAAGAGGCGGCGCGAUCUGACAAACCUAUCUGGACUGCUCAGAAGGAGAUCGACGCACAGCGGUCAACGGAUGAACAGCAGCGUCUUAGGGAUGAGCGGGAUGCGUAUGCGGCUGAGUCGAGGAGAAGGCAGGCAGAGAUUAGGGCGAGUGGGAGUGGAUCGUGA